ACUGAAAGAAAAGAAACGAAUAGUAUAGAAUCUUCGAGAAUAAACGGUAAAUGCACAAUAAUCCUGAGAUAUAAACGCAAUCGAUGGAAAGAUAACAAAAUUGAAAAAUCUUGGUUUUGGAACCACAAGUUGUUGUGUGUUGCCUGUGUCCUUGUGGUCUUAAACGCGCUUUUUACGCUUGGCGCCCUGUGAGGCCUGCGCGUGGACCCUGCAGUAUUUCACCAUGCUCGCGAGGGACGCGUCAGAUGUGUGACCCGCUCCUCUCUGUCCACACCUGUCGGAGCGCGUGCGUCCUCUCCUUUCACUCUGUGUGAAUCUACUGACAUGUUAAAGGAUUUAUAACAGAGUCACAGGCACGAUGAAGGAGAAAUCAAAGACGGCAGCGAGGACUCGACGGGAAAAAGAAAACAGCGAGUUUUACGAGCUCGCCAAAAUGUUGCCGUUACCGUCGGCCAUCACGUCUCAGCUGGACAAAGCGUCAAUCAUUCGACUGACCAGCAGCUACCUGAAGAUGCGCCUGGUGUUCCCGCAAGGUUUGGGGGAGGGCUGGGGCCACACAGCACGAGGCAGAUCUUUAGAUAAUAAUACAACUCGUGAACUUGGAUCUCAUUUACUUCAGGUAAUAAUCAGCAAGAUGCUCCAGACGUUGGAUGGGUUUAUCUUCGUGGUUGCAGCAGAUGGAAAGAUUAUGUAUAUCUCUGAAACUGCAUCAGUUCAUCUGGGUCUAUCACAGGUAGAGUUAACUGGAAACAGUAUUUAUGAAUACGUUCAUCCGGCCGACCAUGAUGAGAUGGCUGCCGUCCUCACACCUCAACCCUCAUAUCACUCACACUUCAUCCAAGAGUAUGAGAUGGAGCGGUCGUUCUUCCUCAGAAUGAAAUGUGUGUUGGCGAAACGGAACGCAGGUCUGACAAGCGGAGGAUAUAAGGUGAUUCACUGCAGCGGUUACCUGAAGGUCAGACAGUUCACUCUGGACUCCACGCCAUUUGAUGGAUGUUAUCAGAACGUGGGUCUGGUGGCGGUGGGACACACGCUGCCCCCCAGCGCCGUCACUGAGAUUAAACUGCACAGUAACAUGUUCAUGUUCCGGGCCAGCCUCGAUAUGAAGCUCAUUUUCCUGGACUCGAGGGUUUCAGAGCUGACAGGAUAUGAACCACAGGACCUGAUUGAGAAGACCCUGUAUCAUCAUGUGCACAGCUGUGACAGCUUCCACCUGCGCUGUGCUCACCACCUGUUGCUUGUUAAAGGUCAAGUGACCACUAAGUAUUAUCGUUUUUUGUCUAAACGUGGUGGAUGGGUUUGGGUUCAGAGUUACGCUACGAUCGUGCACAACAGCCGCUCAUCAAGACCACACUGUAUCGUCAGUGUCAACUACGUCCUCACGGACACAGAAUAUAAGGGAAUGGUGCUGUCUCUGGACCAGUUACAUCCCAGUAAACCAGCAUUCCUGUACGGUAACCAAAGUGACAGAGACGAUAAACGAAUGGACAAAACUACAGAGUCAAACACACAGAGUAAAAUCCUGAUUUCUCCUUAUACACAGCAGUUCGCGGCGUUCCCCCCUGAUCGCUCUGAAUCCGAUCACGACAGCCAAUGGGGUAGCAGCCCGCUGACAGACUCCACCUCUCCACAGCGACUGGAUCAGGGCGAGACGCCAGAAACUGCCUGUGCUUACAGACGCUUCGGUGAAAGCGGCUCGCUAUGUUACAGUCUGUCUCAGGGUGACAUGAUGCACACCUGUCACACACACACACCUCCUCAAACGCUGUGUGACCCGUCUCCAGCCCGCUGUCAGGCCGGCCGUUACGUGUUGGGUGUGAGAGAUCAGAUCGGGCGAGAGAGCUGGUGGGAAAACACGCGUUCUGUGCCGUCACUUACAAAAGCAGCUCGACACAACGGAGGAGAGUUUGAGUGCAGAACGCUCCAUCAUCAUUCUCACGCUCACUGGGACGAUGAGCAUAUGGGCAGUUCUCCAGGAGGAGGGUCAUCGGGAGAUUCUGGAGACAGUUGCCAUGACAACAGGCCAUUUCACUCCAGCCCGCAGGAAACCGCCAUCAGAGGAAAAGAGGAGUUGAUUAAGGUGGAGGACAGUGAGAUGGCCGGUUAUUCCUCUGUUCUCUUCUCCCCUGUGCCUGGUGUGGUGAGGCGCACACCGGGGACCCUCAUCCUGUGUCGAGAUGCCUUGGUAACAGGUUCCCAUGACGACAAGGAUGGGAGUCCCGCGUCUCUCUCUGGACUGAGCAGCCCGGGUUCGGACAGACUGUCUCACCCCGCGAACGACUACCGCCAACCACCGUCCGUCUCACCUCACACAGGCAUUCAGGGCAGCCCACUACUCUAUCUCAGCCAGGACAGAGACACCGUCAGCGGGCAUGGACGCUCGGCCUAUCCCCUCACUGGAGGAGGUCUGGAGGCGUUGAGUAGAGCGGAAGGUUUGAGAGGUUUUCCAGCACAUUACGACGUGAACUCACACGUACACUUACAAACAAACGGCACACACACACACAACAGCACAUCAGUUAUCAUCACACACAGCAGCUGACCGCUGUUUCUACACACACACAGACUCAAACUCUAAACACUGGACUUAUUUAUGAUGUGUUUGCUGUUGUGUUUUAAAUCCGCAGCACCAUGAA